AUGGGCAUAAAUUCUCAAAAACAUAUGAGUAUAGAAUUUCAAGAUGGUAUGGGUAUAGAAUCUCAAGAAAUUAUAGGUGUAGAAUUUCAAGAUGGUAUAGAUGUAGAAUCUCAAGAAAGUAUAGGUGUAGAAUUUCAAGACAGUAUGGGUGUGGAAUUUCAAGACGAUAUAGAAAGUAUAGGUGUAAAAUUUCAAGACAAUAUGGGUGUAGAAUUUCAAGAUGAUAUAG